AUGCCAAAAUAUGUUGCCAAAAGAAAAGAAUCUAGGGAGAAAGGGAAAAAUGCUGUAAGGCCAAAUAAGCUUAAUGUAAUCUCUGACGAAAUCAUUAUCCAAAACGUCAAUGGAUCUAGUGCUCUUGAACCAGAAGAUGAUGAUGAAAAUCAAUCUGACGCUGAUGAAAACGACUCAUUUUCUUUGGUUGAAGAAAAUGUAACUGAAAAAUAUCGUACCUGUACCAUGAACUUGAAAAAGGCUCUGUUACCAUCAGUCGACUAUAAGUUUUUCAAAAACACCGUUCAAGAAAAACAAAUCAAAGUUCACGACCUUAUAGCUAGAAACGAACUGGGAGAAUCCGCUUCUGACCAAAUUGCCAUAAUAAAAGAGGCGGUGCAUCAGCUAAUUAAAUCGGAAAACACCUUUUCGACACACUUCCUUCACCAGAUAAUGUCUUCUUGCAUCGGCGACAAGAAAAAAGAAAGAAGAAAAUCACCGCAAAAAAUAGGUUAUAAAACCUCUACUUUGACUGGAUCUGCCUUAAGAAAAAUUGAUCUUUUUAAAAAGGAUUUAAAAACCGUCAUCAACACCAUUUUACGCAUCCAUUUUGCUAAAACCAGGUUAAGAAAAUCAAAUUUAGAAAAGCCAAAGGAUGUUAAGGAGUCAAAUACCAAGAUCAAGAGUAACAAUCUACAGAAAAAGAGAAUGCUAAAGUGUAUUGAGUCCGAGGUUUUAAAGAGAUCAAAAGGGAGUAUGCAUUUCUUGUCAAAACUCGUAAACUACGUUUUUAAUUCAAAAGAUACCAUGAUUAGUGAGCCUUUACCCAAACACUUAUCAGUUUCUGAAUCCUUGGUAUUCCCAGCUGAUAAUACUGAUUCAAUAAUCGAAGAUGGAUCCGAUCCUCUAUCUAAAGACAAAAUUAGUUAUGCUGUGACGCCGGAGUACUUCAAGAAACAGCCUUAUAAGUUGCGAAAUAUCAUUGUUUUGUACGCAAGUACAAGACCCAAUGAAAAGGAACUUUUCAAUGUAGACUACUUGCUAAAGAGGUUUAAACAACAAAACCUUAAUCCAGUGUGGAGUUUUGAUUAUGUUAACAUACACAACAUUUCUUUCUUGGGCAAGAGAUUUGUGAACAGUCAAACAAUUACUCUCAAACGUAGCGUCGAGAAAAGCGAUACAAUGAACAUAAGUUCAGACUUAGAAGAUGUUGUAUCCAAAUUAAGUCUCAAAGACGCGUUGGAAUCAAACAGACUUGCUAUCAACGGAAUUGAUCCAGGUAUAAAUAGCGCAGCUCUGGCUAAUUGCACCUCUGCCAAGUCAAAUGUUAUUUCAAUCAAUAGAUACAGCGUUUUGAAUGGUUUAAUUGAAGCAGAGAAUGUAGCUUUAGAAGACGACUAUAAAGCAAGUGCGUUGGAUAUUACACCAACUUUUCUACACGGAUCAUCCUUGUACAAAAACCAUAGACACAAACCAGAAUCCAGUACAAAGAAAGGGAUUACCACACACCCAAAGCAGUUACAAAGAGAUCUUCUGACAAGAAAAAUACGAUCCGACAUUGUCUUAAAGAAAAUGAUAUCUAAUCAGCGAAAGCAAGUCAAGAAUAAGACUACCGUCAAUUGGGGAGGAGAUGCUACUAAAAUCAAAGGCAUCAUUCGCUCAAGCUUGAAACCAAUGAUCUCCCGAUUAAAGGCAGUCGAAAAUGAUAUGCCUUUGACAGUCGAUGAAUAUGGCUCGACCAUCUACUGUAAUUCAUGCUUCAAAAAAAUGCGUCUCCAGUGCCAUCGUCGAGAUAACAUGUUCAAAAGAAUUCAAUGGGUACUAGUUUGCUAUAAUACAAAGUGCCCUGCAAGAUUGCAACGGCAUACUACCGUAAAUCGCGAUGCGAACGGGGCAAAGAACAUUGGCUUAAUUGGAUUAUUAAAACUAGUAUCAUCUGACGAUAAACCGUUGCCGCCGUUUUGUCGCUCUAAAAAAACAGUCCGACAGAGGAUUUUUUUAAAAAAGACGACGGCUGCAGGAUUUGAACCUGCGCGUACAAAGUACAUUGGCUUUCGAGACCAACUCCAUAGACCACUCGGACAAGCCGUCUUUCAUGCAGUUUGA